CCCGGCCCGGCUCAUUGGCUGCUGCUCGGAGGGGAGGGGAAGGGGCGGCCACGGGGGUCUCAUUGGCGAUGCGGACUCGCGCCUCCGCUCCGUAGUCCGGGGCCCGGCAGCUGCGCGAGGGCUGGGAACUGCGCGGCGGGGACGGCGGGCGACUCCAGCUUCGGCGCUGGCGGCAGCGGUCGCCGCUCCGUGGGAAGCUAUGGGGACGCGCCCUUUCUCUGGGUGCCCAUCCAGCGGUGGCUCCAAGCGCCCUGCCCCGAGGCUUUAGGAAGCGAUCUUGGAGCAGAGUCACUCUCUCAAGACCCCAGGGACCCACUCGACUCCGGCCCUGCAUCGCCGAGCCUUUCUCCGGCCCCGGGAGCGUGAAGUAGAGCUGUCCUCCGGAGCGCGGCGAGGAGCAUGGGGAGAGCGGCGGCCCCCGGAGGCGGCGGCGGAGGGGCGCCCCGCUGGCUCCCGUGGCUGGGGCUGUGCUUCUGGGCGGCAGGGGCUGCGGCUGCCCGAGAAAUCCAACAAGCAACUAUCCACAGGCAGGAAUACUAUUCCAAAUAUUCAAGAACUUGGGAGUGAGGCUGAGACAACCCCUUGGACUGAAGAACUGAGAAAAGCCACAAUUGAAUGGAACUGACAACAGUGAAGUCCUUCCCGAAUCCAUCCCAUCAGCUCCCGGGACACUGCCUCAUUUUAUAGAGGAGCCAGAUGAUGCUUAUAUUAUCAAGAGCAACCCUAUAGCACUCAGGUGCAAAGCGAGGCCAGCCAUGCAGAUAUUCUUCAAAUGCAACGGCGAGUGGGUCCAUCAGAAUGAGCACGUCUCUGAGGAGAGUCUGGACGAGAGCUCAGGCUUGAAGGUCCGAGAGGUGUUCAUCAAUGUUACCAGGCAACAGGUGGAGGACUUCCACGGGCCCGAGGACUAUUGGUGCCAGUGUGUGGCGUGGAGCCACCUGGGUACCUCCAAGAGCAGGAAAGCCUCUGUGCGCAUAGCCUAUUUACGGAAAAACUUUGAACAAGACCCACAAGGAAGGGAGGUUCCCAUUGAAGGCAUGAUCGUGCUGCAUUGUCGCCCACCAGAGGGAGUCCCUGCGGCUGAGGUGGAAUGGCUGAAAAAUGAGGAGCCCAUUGACUCUGAACAAGACGAGAACAUUGACACCAGGGCUGACCAUAACCUGAUCAUCAGGCAGGCACGGCUCUCGGACUCAGGAAAUUACACCUGCAUGGCAGCCAACAUCGUGGCUAAGAGGAGAAGCCUGUCUGCCACUGUGGUGGUCUACGUGAAUGGAGGCUGGUCUUCCUGGACAGAGUGGUCAGCCUGCAAUGUUCGCUGUGGUAGAGGAUGGCAGAAACGUUCCCGGACCUGCACCAACCCAGCUCCUCUCAAUGGUGGGGCCUUUUGUGAGGGAAUGUCAGUGCAGAAAAUAACCUGCACUUCUCUUUGUCCUGUGGACGGGAGCUGGGAAGUGUGGAGCGAAUGGUCCGUCUGCAGUCCAGAGUGUGAACAUUUGCGGAUCCGGGAGUGCACAGCACCAGCCCCAAGAAAUGGGGGCAAAUUCUGUGAAGGUCUAAGCCAGGAAUCCGAAAACUGCACAGAUGGUCUUUGCAUCCUAGAUAAAAAACCUCUUCAUGAAAUAAAACCCCAAAGAUGGAGUAGGAGAGGCAUUGAGAGUGCCAGCGACAUUGCUUUGUACUCGGGCUUGGGCGCUGCCGUCGUGGCCGUUGCAGUCCUGGUCAUUGGUGUCACCCUUUAUAGACGGAGCCAGAGUGACUAUGGCGUGGAUGUCAUUGACUCUUCUGCAUUGACAGGUGGCUUCCAGACCUUCAACUUCAAAACAGUCCGUCAAGGUAACUCCCUGCUCCUGAAUUCCGCCAUGCAGCCAGAUCUGACAGUGAGCCGGACAUACAGCGGACCCAUCUGUUUGCAGGACCCUCUGGACAAGGAGCUCAUGACAGAGUCCUCCCUCUUUAACCCUUUGUCUGACAUCAAAGUCAAAGUCCAGAGCUCAUUCAUGGUUUCCCUGGGAGUGUCUGAGAGAGCUGAGUACCACGGCAAGAAUCACUCCAGAACUUUUCCCCAUGGAAACAACCACAGCUUUAGUACAAUGCAUCCCAGAAACAAAACGCCCUACAUCCAAAAUCUGUCAUCACUCCCCACAAGGACAGAACUGAGGACAACUGGUGUCUUUGGCCACUUAGGGGGGCGCUUAGUAAUGCCAAAUACAGGAGUGAGCUUACUCAUACCACAUGGUGCCAUCCCAGAGGAGAAUUCUUGGGAGAUUUAUAUGUCCAUCAACCAAGGUGAACCCAGCAUCCAGUCAGAUGGCUCUGAGGUGCUCCUGAGUCCUGAAGUCACCUGUGGUCCUCCAGACAUGAUCGUCACCACUCCCUUUGCAUUGACUAUCCCACACUGUGCAGAUGUCAGUUCUGAGCACUGGAAUAUCCAUUUAAAGAAGAGGACACAGCAGGGCAAAUGGGAGGAAGUGAUGUCAGUGGAGGAUGAAUCCACUUCCUGUUACUGCCUUUUGGACCCCUUUGCGUGUCACGUGCUCCUAGACAGCUUUGGGACAUAUGCACUCACGGGAGAGCCAAUAACAGACUGUGCUGUGAAGCAACUGAAGGUGGCGGUUUUUGGCUGCAUGUCCUGUAACUCCCUGGAUUACAACUUGAGAGUUUACUGUGUGGACAAUACCCCUUGUGCAUUUCAGGAAGUGGUUUCAGAUGAAAGGCAUCAAGGUGGACAGCUCCUGGAAGAACCAAAGUUGCUGCAUUUCAAAGGGAAUACCUUUAGUCUUCAGAUCUCUGUCCUUGAUAUUCCCCCAUUCCUCUGGAGAAUUAAACCAUUCACUGCCUGCCAGGAAGUUCCGUUCUCCCGUGUGUGGUGCAGUAACCGGCAGCCCCUGCACUGUGCCUUCUCCCUGGAGCGUUACACGCCCACUACUACACAGCUGUCCUGCAAAAUCUGCAUUCGGCAGCUCAAAGGCCAUGAACAGAUCCUCCAAGUGCAGACAUCAAUCCUAGAGAGUGAACGAGAAGCCAUCACUUUCUUUGCACAAGAGGACAGCACUUUUCCUGCACAGACUGGCCCCAAAGCCUUCAAAAUUCCCUACUCCAUCAGACAGCGGAUUUGUGCUACAUUUGAUACCCCCAAUGCCAAAGGCAAGGACUGGCAGAUGUUAGCACAGAAGAACAGCAUCAACAGGAAUUUAUCUUAUUUUGCUACACAAAGUAGCCCAUCUGCUGUCAUUUUGAACCUGUGGGAAGCUCGUCAUCAGCAGGAUGGUGACCUUGACUCCCUAGCCUGUGCCCUUGAAGAGAUUGGGAGGACACACACGAAACUCUCAAACAUUUCAGAAUCCCAGCUUGAUGAAGCCGACUUCAACUACAGCAGGCAAAAUGGACUCUAGUCCACUUCCUCCCAUGAAACAGAGUGAUGGCCAGCUUGGGGACAUUUGCUUUAAAUGGGAAAGAAAGAGGCCGCUUUCUGCCCAGUGGCAUUGGGGAAAUUCAGCCUUCAUUUACAAUCAGUUAGAUUCCCUGGGUGAAGAAACUAAAUUUUUUAUACAGGUAAAACAUGUUAAUAGGAAAAAGUACAAGCUCUCGUACAUAUAUGAGGGCUCUACUGUCUCCUUGGAAUCCACAUUUGGGUUAAUUCCUCAGAUUUGGAGUGGCAAGGAUAAAAGUGAGGGCAGAAGUAGUUGUGGAAAAAGAUGGGCUACAAUAAUGCUGGGAAGGCAGUUUUAAGACAGGUUUUAAAUGAUGUGCCCCAAAGAGCCAGCUGAUUCUGGUGGUAGACUGUCAGUUUUCUACCAACUGGCAUCUGUGAUAUCAAAAAUCAUUGUAAAAUUGUCCUUUAGAAGUGAAACAGGUUGCCAACACAUAUGUGUGACUUCAUCAACGUCAAGGAGGGCAUUCAGAAUUUAGAAUCUGAGCACAUCAUACCAGCACCAGCUCCCUUCUCUUCUAGCCACUUAAUGGAGACACAAUGGAGAGGUAAGACAGACCACAAACUAGAGUACUCCACCUUUUUAUUUCUUCCUGAGACAAAUGUACCCUUAUUCUUUCUCCCUCUGCCUUAGCCCUUGCAGUAGAGAGAUAUCAAGGAGCAUCAUUAAAAAACUUGUCAAUAUGGAAAGUUGUUUUUGCUAACCCAACAAAGUAGGACCAUCUCUGUUCCCAUCUAAGCCACUCAAAUUGCUGAGUGCUAUUAGAACACAGCUUAUUACAUAGAUAUGGAGACAGGAGAGAUUAAAGCAGGCUCAAAAACACAUGAACUGCAGAUGUCAUAGGCCUCAAAUCAGCUAUAAUUAUAGGAGGCAUGUAUUGAUCUAGUUCUCUAACAUUGUCAUUACAAGAAAAUGGGUUUUACUGUAUUUUUCAAUCCAGAUUAUUGAUAUUGUGUAAUGUGUUGGUACUAUGUCAUCACAUAAUCUCUCAGUAAGACUAUAUGUGAUCCUCAUUUUGCCUCUUGGGAAAUUAGCAGUCUUUGCUCAAAACAAUAUUUGAGUAAAUAUACUUGAGGAAUACCUCUACCACAGUGUCCCUGAAACCACAUGCAUUGUUUAGGUAGCCUUCACGCUGUGACUAUUCAGUCCCCUGAAUAUGCUUUUCCCUAUAGAAAGCAUAUUCAGAGAGGCUGAAUAGUCUAUUGCUCUAUGAUUUUUUUUUUUUUACAUCAGGAGGCACUGAUAUCAUGGAGGAUUGAAAUCCACAUAUAAUUCAUGAUCCUCAUCUUAUCACUUUACUUCGUCUUUUUAUCCUAUUAAAUCAUUUUUGACAAGAUGUCCUGGUAGACUAAAGAUGAACAGAUUUGCUCUUGUUCAUCUUCUGGUGGAUAUUGUAAUUCGCUUUCCACAAUCAGGACAGCCAAAGUCAAGGACCCAGAUGAACCACAAGACAGCUAGUCAGCUACUUUGAGGUUGGUUACAUUAGAAUAAAAAGUGGUCAGGGAAUGGGGGAGGUAGGGAGUACUUGGCAGUUGGGAUAUGAUCCAUAUUUUUCAACAACAUUUUUGUAGAGCCCUUGUAAAAAAAAAUAAUUUUGCGAAUCUCCACGCAAGUGAAAAAGGCCUAAAGACGAGUUGAAUUUAUGAUACCAUGGAUAAGGCAUGGAAGAACUCUUGAAUGUGUUGGCCAUUUUCUCUAACUAAUGUGUGGUAUAUGUGGUCCCCUGUAUUAGAUAGAAGGCUUUGCUACAUGUAAUUCAAAAGCAUCACGCUUUUCUCAGGAACCAAAGGCUUAUGAUGUAGAACAAAGAAAUCAUCUUAGAACUGUCAAGCAUAUUUUCACAAUACCAUGUCAAGAUCAGGAAAACAUCAUUUUGCUAGUUUGCUUAACUUAUUUGUUUCUUAUAGGAAACAAUAGAGAAACAGAAUGAAAAUGUAAAUCAUCUGACAUCAUUGAUAUAAUUUCUGAAAGAGAAAGAGAGAGAAGUAGAUGGUCAACCAGUCACAAUAAGCUAAAGUUGGUUGGAGUGGGAUGGCAUGCAGAAGAAAUAUGCAUUAAUUGCUGAGCAAAAACUUGUAGAAAGCACAUUAUAGAGGUUGUGUUAGAAUCCAUCUUGGAGGACUGUUGUUUUAUAUCAUCCUAAGCAUUUUCCUUCUUCCCUUCUAACUGACAUUAUAAUUGUUUCAUCUGUUCUGUGAAUCCACACAGGUCUUUAGAUGUUUGAUAUGUUUUAAAUAUUUUUAAACAGAUGAAAAUUCUAAAUGAUUUUCCCUCCAAUCUGUCUAGAUUGUUUUAAGAUGAGAUGAGACUGUUGUCACUCCUGAAUCUGGAGUUCCCUCCACGGAUUUUUUUCCUUUGGCCUGAGUUUUAUAAACACACUUGAACAUCAUAUCAUAUAGGGUAACAAAGGAAGAAGUUAACAUGAUUCAUCUCAGACUUCAGCCUUAAGGUUCAAUCAAAUUCAUCCUUCAGCCUGUUUUGUUCCUUCUUUAUGUUUCUCUUUUAUUUAUUUCUGCUAGGAUCGUACAUAGGAUUUCUAUAGAAAUGUAUGAAAUUCUGUGGUCACUGCAUGUCAGGAUUGCACAGCCCUUUUAUAAUGGAAUUUCAAAGAGAACCUAUGUUUGUGAGAUUUACAGACCAAGGUGUGGGGAGGAGGUGGAAUUGCAGAUCAGAUAAAAAGUUAGCUUACACUUGAACUUACAGUGUGACCUUUCACUGUGACCUAAAUUUAGUCCUAUUGUAAUAUUUGUUCACUACCACACAAAUGCCCCUCUUCAAAGAGAUUUACUUAUCUGUCCAAAUACUUAAUUUGGAAAUUUUAUUGUCCUAUUGCGAAACGAAGCAAAAUUAAAAGUGGCCUUGAGUAUUAAGUAAGUUACUUAAAUUUUUUGCAAAAAAUAUCCCACUCAAUGUCAAAUCUUUCAAUCCUCAAAGGCAUUUAAAUCUAAUAGUCAUACUUUAAAUAUAGCUUUAAAUUAUGCCACCAAAAUGGUGCACUUCACAGCUUCACCAGACUGUAAGCGUCAUAAAGUUAAUUUACAGUUUUUACAACAUUGCUUGUACAGUCUUACUGGUUUACAUUAAAAUCCUUUAAGCCAAAGGAAGCUUGCUCUAUGGAUUUAAAUGCAAACUUCAUUUACCAGUGCAAGAAGUCUCAUAAAACCAGAUGUACUUCCACAAAAAUUUUAUUGCCCUUUUUGUAAGAGAUGAAAAAGAAUUGACACAGUUCUCUUUAAAGAGGACUUUUCUUCUCCUUAUUUUUAUCUCCAACUGCAGGUGGUGUCUUCUGCCGAGGUCUCUAUAUUUUUCUUUCAGUUGUCUUUGGGAGGGGAUAUUAAGUCAAAUCACUAAAACAGGGUUCUCUUUGGAUUAAAAGUUCUGAAUUUAUUGUAACUAUUUUCCUUGACAAACAUUCUCAGUAUUAGGAUUGAUAAGCAAAUACAAAUAUUAAAACAGGAUCAUUGGUUUAGAUAGCGUUUUCUAUUUGCCAAACUUCUGGCAAACAUACUUGCGAAUUUCAAAAUGUUAUAAAAAUCUCUUGAUAUGCUUUUGUUUUUUUCUUUUAGCCAUUUUCUCUUCAAUUUUUUAGUCCUUCUGCCCUCUGUAAAUGUGUUGAGUGAUAUAGCUAUCAGAUGUGUUGAAGGCAAAGUUCUCGCAGAGGUCUUUGUUCCAGCUCUGUAGAGAUCACAGGAAUCAUGAAGGAGCGGAGAAAUCUUCCACUCUGGCCUACUGUGUGUGGCCCGUUGUCAUUGUUUCCUCAUGAAACACUGCAGAGUUUGAAUCCUCAGUAGCCCUCAUUGACUGGACUAGAGGUGAUGGCCACAGCAAAUGGGAGAGCAAAAUGUUGGCCUACGGGGGAUGACACAAUUGUAUUCGCCUUUGGUGUUACUUGCCAUAGCACUGUAUUUGAAAAUCGAUGCUUUAGCAAAAAGCUGAAUGGCCACCAUUUCCGUACUUUCCACCGUUUUGUCUGCAUAGUAUUUUCCUGAACUACAAGCAAAAAUGUAUUUUGUCCAAUGUCACAAAAGUGAAAAUGUUACUAAUCUUAGACGUGUUGCAUAUUUUGUGUUUUUACCUUCCAAACUAUUCCGAAAGCUGCCGUUACAAAGCUGUUUGGCUGUAUUGACAGCAUGUGGUGUUUUUGCAAAAGCAAUUCUAGGAGAGCCAGUGUCUACCAUGAACUCCUCGCAUCCCCACUCCAGGCUCAUUUGUGACAUCCAAAAUGGCAACUUGUACACUAUAAUUCUUCAAAAAAUAACAGGGGAUGGAAAUCAGACCUGGCCGUUAGUCACUAGUGUGUAGUACCGUGAUCUGAAGUAGGAAAUUUAACUCGCAUAGAAUAAUUGUGGUUUUUGAAGCAGCUAUUCAUUGCUUUUUCCUUUUGCUGUGAAGAUCAUGGAUUUGGAACGUCCUCAUGAGAUGGACCUAAGGCAGUAACAUUUAAACUUCAUGUCCUAGCACCCGCCCUUCAUCUGACCCAAAGACAAAAAAGGCAGUAAGCUUCAUGAUUACACCCAAGCAUAAAAAUUCCCUUCCCCAUACUAAUGAUGAGUUCAGCAGGGCCCCAUCUUAUUUUUCAAAAAAGUUAUAGCUUUGAAUUAUAGACUGUAUUACUAAAUUUGGUAAGAUAGUUCUUUGCACUAAGGGGAAUGCGUGUCAAAAUACUUUCACAAAAGGCAAGUGUACAAUGAAAAUGCCCUUUUGUCUCCAGCUUUCGUAACCUAAAAAGUAUUUCACUAAUUUAAGCACUGUUUACACUCAAAUCCCCAAAUUGGCCAAAUUAUAUAAUUCUCUUAAAUUUUAGUAUCUGUAGGUGGAGAUUUAACUAUGGUUCUGGUGAAUUGUAGAAAGGAGAGAUGAUAUUUGAGGGGAAUUUGUCAGCAAAGUAUCAUCCUUUAUGACCCCAUUACUGAAACACAGACAUUACAAUCAGAAAUAGACCUAAUAAUUCCAAUAUCCCUCCAUUAGCUAGUUCCGAUGAUGCUGAGAAAGAGCACACCCUGUGCCAGGUGUCAGGAACAUAAGCAUCAGCAGAGGGUAACUGAAAACUUUCAAUCAGAAAUACCCUUCAAGGCUUAUCCUAGAUUAUAUAGGUCACUCCCAUUCAAAUUUUUCUAUACAAAGGUGGGAAAGCACUCAGAAUCUGGGAACUUCCUGGUUGGAAAAACAAUGUUCUCCUUUUCCAAAUUGGAAUAAAGACUCAGAAUUACCCAUUCUUCAUAAUCAUGUCUGAUUGGUACAUGCACUCCAGGAAGUCUCAACCUAGAAACGUUGCCAACCUCAGCAUUUAGAGGAAAACUGGCUCAUUCUUCUGACCCAGACUCAAAAACAUAUGAGUACUUUCGUACCUCCAUUUCUGCAUGGAUAAAUUUUAAAACAGAUUCAUUUUGUUCUGUUUAUUUUGGGAAGGUGCGUGGGGGUGUUCUUUCAAGUGAUUCAUAUCUCAAACCCAUAUCACUCUCAACUUUUAUUUGAUGUGUUCAAAGCCAAAAAUUAAAGUAAAAUAUAAAGCAGGGCUGAACACUUAAUUUGACAUGAAGCUGAAGGAGUGAGCAAGCCAGAGGAGAGAGGUUGAGUGAAGCAUGGCCUUGGCUUCAUACCACACUUUUUGUGCCUUGUAUUAUCAAUGUAAAUUCUGAAUGUUGUAUAGUAAAUACUUGGAUGGACUUCUUAGAAAAGGCUGCACUGGCUUCUUUUUCAGCACAUGUACAUAUCUAUAAAUAUAUAUACAUAUAUAUUUGGUAAUGCCAAACAGCUGUGUUAUAUUGUAUUGAACAAAAUGGACAGUUUGGAUGUUUUAUGUAGAGUUUGAAAAAAAAAACUGGAUGGUUACAGACUUUUCAAGAUAAAUGUACAGACGUAAAUUACUGCAUAUCAGUUAUUUAUGAAUAAAGAGUCUUUUAUUGACAUUUUAGGAUA